AUGGAGGAAAACCUCAAGUUCCAUCCCUCAGUAAAAGAGAAUUUCCUGGGCAUAAUUCAACCGAAGCAGGAGGAUUUAAAAAAACAGCAGACAUUGCAUCCACAGGAAUACGAAUCUGGCCUCGAAGUCGUCCAGCCUCUCCCCUGGAGUCCCAAUGACGCUCCCUUGCUGGAGGUAGCGCCGCCCAACCAGCUCGACGCGAAGACGCUGUCAACGCCGCAGGUGAUCGAAGACCCAAAAUCAUGGCAUGACUACCAUGUAAAGAAACACCCGGGCCUCGAGGCCGCCGCGUCGCCGACUACUCUGUCCGCGAUGAGCCCUGGCGGGUACAGCACCACCCUCUACGGCAGCCACCCUGACGGAUUUCCGCACUCGCACCCGCACAACCAGCACCCCGAAGGAUUCCAUCGCCAGCCAACGCCCGAGUCCAAGUCUGUGGAUGGGUUCGGUCUUGGGCCGAGAGUGUGCGGGAUGAGCCGGAAGGCGUUUUACAUCGUCACUGCGGUUGCCAUGACCCUUGUCAUCACAGCCAUUGCUGUCGGGCUCGGAGCUGGGUUGGCAUCCAGAGGAAGGUCCAGCAGUAAUAACGACGGCAGCAGCAGUAGGACCAUACCAACAGGCGUACGUUCAACGUCAUCAGCAAACAUUACCUGCCCUGCAGCAGACAACUCGACGUUUUCCGCGCAGAAUUCACCGGACCGUCUGUUUCGUCUUAUUUGCGGUCACGACUACAAUAGCGAGGACGGCUCCAUUGACCUCGCUUCGGAAAACGCGACGACCAUGGCGAGUUGCAUUGACUUGUGUGCAGCGGAGCCUGAAUGUGUAGGGGCCGGUUGGGGCGAUUACUACGGUUACCGCCUUUGCUGGAUGAAGAGCCGGCUGGGGAAGCCCAAUGUUUCUGGAAAUUGGCUGUUUGCCGUUGACCUAAACGGCACCGAUGUGUCAACGUUGCCAUGA